UCUGUCUUCGAGUCUAGUUGAUGUGAUACGGGUUGGCUCCUCUUUUGCUGAUUUGGAAUAUGAUCAGAAAGAUGUACUUAAUUGGCACAUUCAUUGCCCUCCUCCAUAUGCACGUGGUCAUCACUGAUCAAGAAAGCUGUCCAAGCAGAGUGGACAAUCCCAUGGGUCAGGCAUGUCAGAAACCAUGCAAAGAAGACCGAGACUGCUUAGGCAAGAGGAGAUGCCUGUGUGAUGGACAAUGUGGCUACAGCUGUGUUUUAAACCGCAGCUGUCGGUGGCCUGUGAACAUCACUAAUGCUUACACACAGCUGGUGGAUAAGACAUCGAACUUUGGAGAUCGGAUGUUGGUGAUUUGCAAUGAAGGAAACAGACUGCCCAAUGGACUGGAAUCUGGAGUGAGAUUUUGUCAAGGAGAUAGGAGGUGGAGUUUCAUGGAUCCUUGUGCUCCAGUGAAGCUAGGGCCUUCUUGUGAUCCUCCACCUGAUAUAGAAAAUGGAUACUUUACCAAACAUUCCCCGUCUUUCUGGGUUGGAACAUCAGUUGAUUAUAAAUGCAAUUCUGGGUACAGACUUGAAGGCCAUACGACUAUUGAAUGCCUGGAGAAUAUUACAUGGUCAUUAGAAGCCCCAACUUGCAAAGAAAUAUUUUGCAGUCCGCCAACAGAAAUCAAUCAUGGCACCCUAGUGGCAGUAAAAAAAACAGAAUAUGUUGUCUCUGAAGAAAUUUAUUAUCUUUGCAAAAAGAAUUUCUUUUUGGAUGGGUCAAACACAGUUUCCUGUGAAUCUAAUGGACACUGGUCAAAGAUACCAGCUUGCAGAGCAAGGUGUAAAAUACAAGCACAGAGAAGCAGAGUACUGUACAAAGGAAUUAAGUUCUGGAUUAAUGAAAUCCCUGAGGGUCUGGUGCACCAUUCAGAAAUAGUUACAUUUUUCUGUAAGAGCAAAAACCAAACCUGCAGUUAUCCGGCUCCAUCUGAGUGUUUUGACGGAAUUCUCCCGCUUCCAGAAUGCUAUGAGGAGCCAACCUGGGUACAUUACAAUCUCUUCCCAAAGAAAGUUGUAUCUGAAAUCACUCCUUGCUCACAAAUGAACCAUUCAUAACAGACCUCUAAGAAGACAUAGACAUUAUGAAUAUUUUUCUUCAAAUCGCAAGGGAAAGAAAAAGAAUAUGCAUGGUGUUGCAUCAUAUAAGGAGAAAUCAUUUAGCUCUGACUGAGUCAGAAUAUGCAACUGUAUUUUCCUCUGUAUUAGAAUAUGAGAGUUGUAACAGCAAAGUUUACUGACUUAAACAUGCAAAGAUUAUCUCUGGACAAUUUUAUGUAACGUUUGCACAUAGAAAUAAGUUUAUUUAGAGUUGCUUUUAAUUCUCAUAUGCAAGAAUGCCCUUUUGAGAUGUAAAUACACAGAUUUCAGAAUAAGGUAGAGUGAAAAAUAGCAGAACAGGCAAAAAGAAGAAGAAAAUAAAACUGAUUAUGGUGGUAAAAUGCCAACAAAGAAGAGGAGGGAUAAUUUAGCCACAUGACAGAUAAUGAGGCUACAUAGAAAGUCAUGGGACAUAACACGUGUGAAGAAUGGAUAUUACAAGUGAUAAGAGAAGAGAAAAAUAGAUCUAAAAAUGAGAACGAAAGAUGCAGAAACAUUGGGAAAUAAGAGCACAUUCAGUUCAAGUUCAUCUUUAUGUCCUGCAUCUUCUCUAACCCUUAGCUUUUAUACUCCCCCUCCAGAAUCUCGGUUUUCGUCUAUUUCCUUUGUGCCCUCAUAAUCUGAUUUGGUCACUACUGGAGAACAAGUCAACAUGGAUAUUUUUAUAUAUUUGUAAGUCCUGAGUGAAUGUCUGUUUUAUUUUCAAUGUUCCAUACUAGAUGUUGUGCACCAGAAUCUACUACACAGGUAAAGAGAUCAAGGCUACUGCACACAAAGACUAUUGUCCCAAAGUGACCCUGGAUACUCUUGUAAAUAUUUUACUAAUGUCCUAUGUCAAGCAUAACACUCUUGUUAGAGAUUAGAAUGUUUUUUUUUUUUUUUUGAUAACCAAGCUGUGUUUACAUGAAAUUCUAACAAGAUGAUGACAUUUUUAAAGGGACAUGUAUAUGUUAACUUUUUGAGUAUUUUAUUAAAACACUAAUGUUCAUUGGUAACUUUGAGGUUGAUCACAGCCUUUCAGAAAAGCUAAUGAGUUUUCCACAAAAUGCAUUGUUAAAGUCUAAGGGGAUUCUUCUUGAUAACUUUUCUUAAGGACUGUUUAUGACGCCUAUGUGUAUAACCCCUACAAAUGAGUUAAAAUUACAGUUCAACUCCAACUUAA